UUGUCCAGUAGCCCUGGCCAAUCGGAAACUUAAAUAUCGGUCGAGUUCCACAAAUUUUUUCUCAAAUCUCUCGGUCGCUGUUCGAUUUUCAGUUCAUUUUUUGUGUACAAAACGGCAUAAAUGAUGGCUGAAAAUUCAGCCACAGAGGAAGCGAUACCGCCUGAGGCGGUAAAUAGUGAGGAUUCGGAUAAAGAUAUCAGCGCAAAGCCGCUGCAAAUGUCUUUUGCCGAUUGGAAGAAGAGCAAAGAGGCCAAGGAGCCAGGAGGGGUUGCACAAGGAAUGCGCAACGGCCGCAUAAUCCAUAAAAAUGACAACAAAUUGCAGGGCAACCAGCGCAAUCACAAUAAUAAUCAUAACAAUGGCAACAUGAAUAAUAAUUCAUUUCCACCGCUCAGCCGACCACCGCCGCUGCCUUUUCCCCUGAUGUCCAUGGGCUUUGGCAAUUUUGGUCCCGGCCCUGGUCCUUGUGGACCCGGCCCUGGUCCCUGUGGACCUGGCUCUGGCCCUUGUGGACCUGGCCCCGGUCCAAUGAUGCCGCCAAACUGCAAUAUGGGCGGCAAUAAUAUGGGCAAUAUGGGUCCGGGGCCGGGCCCGCGCAAUCAUCGCCCGCUGCAGCCGCCACCGUUUUGGGAGGACAUGAUGUCGCCACAGCUGCGACCGCCGCCCAUACAGCCGCCCAUGCCCAAGUGCCCGAGCCUAUGGAAUCUGGUGCCCAAGGAGAAGCAGGCGAAUCAGCGACAACAUAAAAGCAACAACCUCAACCAGAACCAACAGCCGCACAAGAAAUACAAAACGAGCAACAGCAAUAACAACAACAACAACAAUGCCGGUAGCAAUGUCAGCAAUGCUUUGCUGGAUGCGGCAUUGAUGCCGCCACCGCCCCCACCUGGAGACAACAACAACAGCGGCAGCUCCACAUCCACCAAAUCGAAUAAGUUGAUCAAGAUCAAAAAGGGCGGCGACACCUUUGUGCAGAUCGACGGCAAGUGGAUACAGCGACCGGAAGCACCGCCCCCGUUGGAGGAUGCACCGCCGGGCACCAAAGAGGAUCGUCAGCGCCAGUGGCGUGAAUAUCGUCAGGCCAUGAAGCCGUUCAAGAAUCGUGAAUUCCACAAUUGGAAACGCACCGUGCAGCGUCUCAGCAAAUUGCCACGCGAUCAGCUGGACGAAAAGCAGCUGGAUCGGCUGCAGAAAGCCGAGGAAUACAUUGGCGCACACAAGGCAAUGCUUACCAUUAAGCAUGCCGAGCAGUGGGUGCAGCAGAGUAACCAAAAAUCUGAAGUCACCACCAGCGACGGCAAGAGUAGUCAGGUGUUUGUACGCAAGCCCGUGAACGCCGGUUGGCUCAAUAAGGGCAACAACGAACCAAAAACAUUUCAACGUGGCGUUGCGCCCGUACGCCAUCCAACCUAUGCCACGGGACGCGCCAUCAAAGGCGGUGUUCCUGGCGAUGUGGCCAGCGUGACGCCCAUCCAACAUACCACAGUGCCGGCCAUGGGACAGUUUUCGGAGCUGCCGGCGCCGCCCAUGAGCGGCGGCUACUUUGGCUACAGCAGCAGCAAUCCCUACGGACAGGACACCGCCGGCAACAACAACAACAACAGCAGCAGCGGUGCCGGCGCCCUCGGCGUGCUCAGCGGCAACAGCAGCAGCUCGUUUUACACGAGCUACAACUCCAGCUUCAUCAAAGGAGGCACCCUACUGCCACCCUAGAAGGCUGCGACGACAACGCCCUGGAGCGAGAGCUACACCUAGUUAUAUAUAUAUAAAUAUAAUAAUAAUAAUAAUUAUGAUUAAUGCUGAUAAGCAAUGUGGAAGCGUUGUCUUAGUAGCUUUCGCUAUUGAUUGUAAAGAAAUUAAUAAAAUAAUAACUUAUACCAAG